AUGUCGAAGGUCAUUGUCAGCUACAAGAAAAAACAGAAUGAAUCCUUUUACCUGCGCUCGUGGAUAGUUCGUGACGUUCAGGAGCUGGUUGCUAUCCAUGCUACUUAUCCUGCGUGGCCCGUUAUUAAAAAAUUCGUACCGCCGUUCAAAACGACAGGUUCAUCAGUGUUCAAUAGUCAAAAUCUACAGAAUGCCCGUCAUUUCGUGAAAGUGACAGGGUUCCAUAAAAUUGAUAACUACACCGUAUCUGGUUCAGUACGUGACGACUGCUGCCAUAUUCUUAGUUGAGUUCUCGCCCACUUGCGUCGCGGAUUUUGAGCGACAUCACGGAAUACGAAUCACGUCCCAGACUGUUAACACUAUCUUCCUCAUCGGUGAUGUGACACUCAAAUUUGUGCCAGUGCGGGAGCUCCGUGCAUCAGGUAAAUGGUCUUUGAAUUUCGAUGUCGAUUCUCGUGUUACAGCGGUCCCGGUGCUGGUGAUCAAUCGAUGUCAGGCUUUCGAUUUAGAUCAAGUGGAAGCGCGCCUCAGAUUUCCGUUUCUCUAUCAACUUGAGUCGUUUAUUGAAAAAUUCCGUAGCAGGCCCGGAGUGAUUCCCAUGGAUGAAGGAUGUUGA